UAGAAAGAGAGAGAGAGGGAGAGAGGGAGGGAGAUCAGCGUCUGAUCUGCGGGAGUCUUUUUUGGGCGUUACGUGUCCUUCGGGCAUCAGAUCUCUCUUCCUUCCACUUUUAAGAAUAGCUCGGGGAGUUGGUGCAUUUACGGUAUUUAAAAAGCUCAAAGCAUACCAGUAUAGUAGUUCUCUGAAAUGGGUGGAAAGAAUGAGCAUGUGAAGGUCACAACCGAGCACAAGCCUGGGUUUCUGGAGCGCCUGAGUGAGACUUCUGGAGGGAUGCUUGUUGGCCUUGCCACUUUUGCCCUGUCUUUCUACAUUCUUUUUACCAACGAGGGACGAGCUUUGAAAACAGCCUCCUCUUUGGCUGAGGGGCUUUCUCUAGUUGUCCCGCUCGACAACAUCCAGAUUAUAUCCCAUGAGAAUGACAAGAAACUUGUGCAUUUGUCUGGUAUCCUUAAAACAUCAAAGCCUCUAUAUGAUCCGAGCUAUGGGCUUUCUAUCCGGGCAGUCAAGCUCAAACGUCAGGUGGAGAUGUAUCAGUGGGUUGAAUUUGAAGAUUCCAAAGAAUAUGAAGAAGAUGGUGAAGUAAAGAAAGAAACAAGAUAUUCUUACAAUACAGAAUGGAAAUUGGAAGUUGUGAAUAGCAGAAAUUUUGAUCGAGAAAUUGGACAUAAAAACCCUAGUGCCAUGGCUGUUGAAUCUUUCACUGCAGUUGCUUCUGAUGUUCAAGUUGGCAAGUUCUUCCUUUCCAGGGGCCUUAUUGAGAAGAUUAAUAAUUUCAAGCAGAUGAGCCUCUCAAAACUAGAAGACCCUCACGCAGAUGUGAUCCGCUCAGGGGAUUAUUUCUUUCAUAGUGAGAAUCCACGACGUCCAGAAGUUGGAGAUCUUCGUGUUUCAUUCUUCUAUGCAGGUUUGAGUGAAGACUUCUCACGCACAGCUCUACCAGAUAUAGUUACCAUCAUUGCUCGUCAGCAAGAGGAUCAUUUGGUUCCAUACCAAACCAAAUCAGGGGAUGUCUUAAACAUUCUCUAUCCUGGAGAGCUCACAGCUGAGGAAGUAUUUCAGAAAGAACAUGAGAGUAAUAGCAUGAAAACCUGGGGCCUACGUGCAGCUGGAUGGUUGUCUAUGUUUGUAGGCAUCAACCUUAUGACCAGAAUUAUAUAUACCCUAGUGGAUUGGUUUCCAGUUGUCCGGGAUCUGGUUAACAUUGGCUUGAAAGCAUUUGCCUUUUGCUUAGCCACUUCUCUCUCAUUGCUGACCAUUUCAGUGGGCUGGCUCUUCUAUCGGCCCUUCUGGGCACUAUUGAUUGCUUUGUUGGCUGUAGUUCCCAUUCUGAUUGCAAGAUCUCGGGUUCCACCAAAGAAGCAGCAGUGACAUCAUGGAAGAAGCGCCUUCUUUGUACCUACAUUUCUUUGGAAACCGGAUACAUUCAAUGCUUUUAUCAUAUUUGAAGAAAAUACCAUCAUGGAUAUUUUUGCUCAAAACAAAACACUUCUUUAUAUUGCAGUACAGAAAAUGCACCAUCAGUGUGUUCUAUAAUCAUUUUAGAUAUGCUACUUUCAUUAUGCAAUCCAGGGGUGAGGAACUAAGCAUUUCUGAAUUAUAGCUCCCAGGAGCACGGGUACCAUGGUCAGGGGUACUAAGAUCCAUAUAUAUUUAGACCAGGCCUGCAGAACUGGUAGAAAAGACCACAUUGAUAAAAUAAGUGCAGGCCACAAAUAGCAAUAACACUUAUAUACCACUCCAUAGUGCUUUACAGCAUCUCUGGGCGGUUUAGAGUCAGCUUAUUGCCCCAAAUAGUCUGGAUCCUCAUUUUACUGACCUCGGAAGGAUAGAAGGCUGAGUAAACUUUCAGCCCAUCAGGAUCAAACUCUUUUGACUGUGGGCAGAAUUAGCCUACAACAGAGGUCCCCAACCUUUUGGGCGCCAGGGACCAGUUUCCACAGACCAAAGGAGCGUGGUUUUGCAUGCUGCCUGCAUCCUGUGGAUGGGACUUCACUUGUUGGCACAGCCUGGUUACUGGCAUGCCAUGGACUGGGGAUUGGGGGUCCCUGGCCCACAAUACUGCAUUCUAGCCACUGUGCCACAAUGACUCAAAGUGAUCUGUGAUGUGCGAAUUAGUUCUUUAGUGACAGUAUUGGAAGUGGCAGUGAGGCCUGCAGGUGUUCGGUAGCAUGUCUUUCAGAGUGGCAGUGAAUUUAUUGACUUUUUAAAGAAUGCUGGAAUGCGGCAUGAAGCUGCUUGGCUGGUCAGAUGCUGUGCAGGCCUGAUCUAAAUAUUGAUAGGUUUCAUACCAAGUGGAAACAAACAAAAAUGUGCAACUGCCCCGAUUUCUGGAAAUAAAAAGUUGAACAAAACGUAAAAAGGCUAAGCAAAUUAGGUUUUCUAUGCAAUUUAUGUAAAAUGUCUUUUAAUCUUCAUGGAGAAGAAUAGGUAUAUGGACUCAAUGGGGACCAUAUGAGGAUUUGAAGAGUGGAUAAAUCCUUGUCAGAUUAAUCUAUUCCUUAUCUACAACUUCAUGUAUUAUAGCUUUACUGCAUGUAACUUUUUGAAGUUUUUGUCAUAUUUCAGUUGCCUUCAUUUUUCUUAUUCUUACUAUCCUGUCUGAAUUCUCACAUAGGUAACUUUAUCUGUAACACCUUGAAUUGUAUGUGGAUCAAAGUAUCCUACACCACUCUGGUGUUUCUGUGAUGCUGUUUAUUUUCACAUUACUAUAUUCAGCAUUAUUGUAUCUCAGUGUUACAAUUUAUUUUUAUCCCAUGCUUUAUUUUUUUUCAAUAAGUAAAAUAAUUUAUGAUUCAGGUGGAUUUUUUUACCUGUGACUUGAGAAUUGUUUCCUGAACCAACUCAGUAAUUUACUGAUGGUUUCAUGAAUUAUGAUUUUUAAAGACAAAACCAAAGAUAUAUCCAGAGGGAGAAGAGACUUUCUGCUGUUCACGUAACUUGCUCCAUGGGCAAAUAUAUUUGUUUUUUUUACUGAAAAAUUAUGUAGAGUAAGGUUGGGUACUCAAUGUACUAAUGGUACUCUGGCAAACUUUUUAUUUGAAACCUGCCCAAUUUCAGGAAAAAACAAAAAGAGUGCAACACUUUACAAUUGGGUGUUUUAAAUCUGUACAACAGUUUGUAACUUUGUUUAUUUUGUCCAGACAUUGCCUGCUUUGUAUAUAAUGCUAAGCUAAAAGGUUUAACUUACAAAUUAUACAAGCAAAUGAAAUUUCUUAAAUCUAGGACUGAAAGAAUAUGUUAACUAUUUAUACCCAGAAUAGGUUUUUUCCCCUAUAGCUUCAAUCACUGCUUUUUCUGGGUUCAGAACUGCAAAUUGUGCACACAACCUUCAAUUGGACUAUUUUAUAAAAAACUCUGAAGCAAUCAAAAAGCCAGUGUAUACCCCAUUGCAAGCCAUUAUUGCCAGCAAUGAGAUGAUCUGAAAAAAUGGAUUAGAUAGAAACCUUUUAUAUGGAUGCAAUCUACCAAGGUAAGAGAGACAGGCUUUGAUAUUCUGUAUCUAAAAUAAUUGUAAGUAUUAUUCUCAGCUCAUUAUUAGAGGUACAUCAAAUUAGACUAAGAGAAAAAACUAAGCCAAAGCCCUAGAAGUAAAUAAAAGUUCAUUAGCAUCAUCCUGGAUCUGCCCUUUUCUUGAAUUUAGGAUUCCAAACUUAAAUUUAGAUUCAUUGGUCUGGUGCUAUCUAAUGUCAUUUGACUAAAGUCCAACUUCAUCAUUUUCUUAAGAUGUCAGUUGUAUCACUGAUGCAGAAUGAAGCAUGGUGGCUGCUUCCAACUAAUAUCUAAGUUUGUAUUCUUUAUUUUUAGAAUAUCAUUUGUAAACAUUUCUAUGGAUGUAAAUGCCUAUUUUCUAUUUUAUAAAUAAAACUCAAAAAUAUAUGA